AUGGUGCUGGAAUUGCACAUAUGGGGCCCUGCAUUUGAUCUGCCCUCGAUCGACGCUCAGUGUCUUGCCGCUGUCUGUUACCUGCGAAAAUGUCUGCCCGUGGACGCCUGGGCAUUGAUUCCCUCGAGCGACCCGGCCGUCAGCCCUCUUGGAGAACUUCCAGCGCUGCGCGAUGGGGAUAGCUGGGUAGCCGGGUUCGAUAACAUAGUCCGGUAUUUACGGGAUGUUUCAGACGGAGAAUGGAAUCUCGACAGGCACCUCGAUGAAUCUCAACGGGCCGACUGCACGGCACUGACGUCUUUUCUCGAAUCCCGCGGACAGCCUCUUCUCGACUUAUGUCUCUAUGUGAGCAGCGACAAUUACCUGGGUAGCACCAGGCAAGCUCUGGGCGAGAUCUUGGCGUGGCCGAACAGCUGGACUGUCCCACACCACCUACGAGCGAAGGCGAAGAAGAGAUCGGAACAUCUGGGCCUCAGUAGUUUGGACGUGGACGCGGCCCAGGAGGACAAGAGCGAGGAUGCCAGGCUGACAGCACAUAUCCCCAAGUCGUUGAGGAAACCCAGGCAGACGGUCAGUGGCCUUCUCGGACGCAACAUGCAGAAGAACAGAUUCCGGUUGGAUGCCAUCAUCUCGGAUUUCUUCGAACCAUUGGUGGAGAUGCUGGGAGACAAGGAGUUCUUCCUUGGAGACAAGGAAAGCAGCGUGGACUGUCUGGCGACUGGGUACCUCGCUCUCAUGCAGUGCCCCGAAUUACCGCAAGGAUGGUUGAAGGAGGCUCUCAGAAACAAAUACCCGAACUUGGAUCACUGGAUCCGGACGCGUGUCGUGGAGGUGUAUGGAGCGCCGGUUGAUGUCGCCAUGGUGCUGCACCAGAAGGAGGGCUCCGCUUCAGCAGAAAUGGUCUUACCAUGGCGGAGUCCUGGAAAAAGAAGCUUGCCACAGGUCAUGCAGGCGGUUCUGGAGAGCUGCAUUAGUCCUAUUCCUGUCCUCGGUUCUUGGUUCUCGAUAUCGGAUAUCGGAAGGCCACGGCCAGGAAAUCUCGACCGUCACCAGGCGAGGCAGGCGACACUGGCGCAGCUUCGCCGGCGACGAGAGGUCUAUGUUCAGGUUUUAGCCUCCACCUGUGCCGUCACGGGUUUGGUGGGCUGGCUGCUCUACAAGGGCAUGUUACAGCUGCCUCGUCGAGCGCCGACACCACCUAGAGGACGCAGCUUCGGCGAAGCGGGAGCUCUUUUUGGACUGGGAUAA